CAAACGUGGCCUGAGUGAACCGGCAAGAGAAGCACUUUCUCAUAUGGAGGCUUUGAGGGCUGAACCUGUUGCUGAAGGUGAGAUGCCAGCAUCCAGUGUGCACCUUGUGUCGAAGGUGUUGUCCCAGAGCAGCUCACACCAAUUCCUGAAAAGCGUCGGCAUCAAAACAUCGGCAACCUCCAAGGCAUCAUCAUCAAAUCAUAGUGAGCUUCGGGAACAACUUGCAGCUGAAGCGACGGCUGCUGUUCAAGGUGAACUCGACCAGCUCAGGAAGAAAUGUGAAGAAGCUGAGGAACAGCAGGCGAGGACACAAAGGGAGUUGGAGGAGUACAAGAAGAUAAUAGAGAAGAACAACAAGGAGAUGGAGGAGACCAAUGUGCUCAUCAAGAAGCUCUUGUCCUUGCAUGGUAACUCUUCUUCGACAUGAGGGCUGCUAGUCAGAGCUGCUGUUUUUGGCCUGUUCUUUGACAUGAGGGUACCCAAAAACUCUAGUUGCUUGUGGGUGUCAACUUUUUAUUAUAUGCUGUUAUGUUUGUGCAAACUCAACUGAAAUGUGAAGUCAAGUGGUGAUGCUGUGAACUGAGUUUAGUGUUGUCCACUUAGU